AUGGAAAUGGCAACAGCGGCACCACCUUUGGGUGCUCUUAUUCAUUCAAUCGUACUUAACUUUCUUGCAACGAUAAGGAUGACUGUUAGUGUUCAAGAGAUAUUCACUGGGUUCACUAGUUCAAUGCAGAAACCUCGAGUCGGGAAUGGUUGGGCAGAGUGCGGUGCAGCCGCGGUUCAAUUAACCGGUAUCCCACACGUUAACUACACUCCAAUUUUAAGCUGA